GGUAGUUGAGUGUAUAACCUACCCACAAGAAUGCAUGAGUGUGAGGCAAAGCAGCAUGUGGGACACAGGAUUCUUUCUUCCAAUCCAGGCCUCUAUAUAGAAUAAGGAAGCUCCAGGGCAUAACUUGUGUAGUGUUUAGUUGUACAUGUGGAUAAAAAAUAUUAGAAAGUCAGACAGGAUCUAAAAAUGGUCAUAUGAUGAGAGAGAAAUCAUCUGGACUUUUAUCAUCUGGGUGUUUUAACAAAAACGAAAGAUCAGCAUUCUAUCACAUCUUGGAGAGUCAAAGCAGAAGAGACUAAGCUGCAGGUGGAAGUUUGAUGUUGCUUGUUUGGCUGAUCUGGACACAACACAGCCACUGCCUCUAUGGUCCUUCUUACUGGAACAUUCAAAGGCAGACUUUACAUAAAAAAUGUUCUGGUGACUAAUUUUACCACUUACUCAUCCCUCAUUUGGUAAUGCGAGCAAAUGCAAAUAAAAUGAGCAGGAGAAUCUUCAAGAAAUAAAACAGAUUGCAUUAUCUGUGGUGAAAACGCUUAAAGAAACGAGUGAGUUAUUACUAAAAGGGGUAAUAUUGGUUUGAUCUGCAUAUGAAUUCUUAUGAGCCAAGCCAUGAGUGAGCAGAUUUCUGAUUUCUUCAAGAAUUGUUGGACAUUUUUGAUCACCAAACACAACGAGGGCAUUUACAACACAGUCUGUAUUGUGGUCCUCCUUAUGCUGCCUUUACUUGUUUUCUUCACUUCUCUGGUUAUUUGCUGUCACUGCUGCUGCUCAUCCUUUUGCAGAGGAUGUGACUGUUGCUGUUGCAGAGAGCCGUCUACACAGACAGGGACACAUGUUGAAAAGAAAAAAAAGAAAACGAAGAGGGAUGGGCAGAAUGAGGAGGACUUGUGGAUUUCAGUCAAAACGGACCCAACGAUUCCUGAUAGACUGGCCUUCACCACUGUCUAGUUGGGCCAAGAUCAUAACACACACACACACACAUACACACACACAAUGGUUUUGGAGUGAUUAACUUAUUUUGGUGAAAAAAAUGUAUCUCUUUAUCUUUUUAUCAAUUUAAACAAGCAAGAAUAAGAAAAGAACAAAUGCAAUCAAAUCCUUUCCCUACCCCUAAAAUGUGAUAUAUAGAGUAUUUAAGUGAGCAUAUACAGUACUGUACAGUAUGCUACAAAUAUUUUUAACUGUGCAAUAGAGGUGGAGUACACAUACAAUACAGCAUUGCUGACAGAGUGGAAAGAGCUUCCUGAACAUCCAAGAAUUCCAUUUUUGUUAAGCAAUAUCAGCCCUGUACAAAACAAAGGCCUGUAAUAUUUAAACGAUAUCAAUAUUGUUAAUACACCACUCUUCGGUGUAUUCUACUUACAGAAAAAAAAAUAAGAAUGUAGAUUUUACCAAAUUAGUGUGGCCCCUAAUCUGUUAUUACAUACUUUAGGCAAUCUGAUGGUUGAAAAAAGUUUUGACUUUAUGUGCUAAAAAUGAGGAAAAGUAUUUAAAAAAGCAUGGACAUGUUACAUUUAGGUGUGUGUGUGUGUGUGUGUGUGUGUGUGUGUGUGUGUGUGUGUGUGUUUAAGAAUGGAUCUACAGUACUUAUGCAGCAUGUUUAAUUGGCUUUCUCUAUGCUGUCAGUGUAUGUAAAUGAUUACAGUCCUGUGUUUUGUGUACCCUAAUUAAAGGUUCUGUAUUUUUCUA